AAGCGGACGAUUACCCCGCCACAAGCGGAUCUGGAGAAGUUAGUGCAACCACCGAGUUCGUACAAGCGGGGCAUUGUCAUCGUGGUGUAUGAGAAGAUGUUGCAGAGUGUGUACGCGUCGGUGAAGUCCAUGAGGCUCAUGGGGUGCACUCUGCCGGUCGAGUUGUGGUACAAACGCUCGGAGACGGACCCUUCUCAUCCGCUGCUUCGAGAGCUCACGGAGAAGUAUGGGGCGUACAUGCGCGAGAUCAACGACCCGAGAGCCACCAAGUUCUACACCAAGACGUACGCCGUGUUCUACAGUGCGUUCGACCAGGUUCUGCUGCUGGACGCAGACAACUUUGCAGUGCGAGACCCGACGUAUCUCUUCGACACGCCGCAGUUCCAGGAACACGGGGCCAUCUUCUGGCCCGACUUCUGGCGCCCCAAGAAGACCAUCUUCAACAUCCAGCCCACGAGUUUCGUCUGGGAGGUCUUCGCUCUGGAGCCCGUGGAUAUGUUCGAGCAGGAGUCGGGUCAGGUUCUGAUCGACAGGAGCAAGCAGAUGAAGGCGCUUAAUGUACUGCUGUACUACGCCUUCAACCCGAGCAUCUUCGAGCGGCUGCGGCUGGCGUGGGGCGACAAGGAUCUGUUCCGGUUCGCGUGGCUCAAGACGGGCAGCUCCUUCCACAUGAUCGAGACGCCGCCCGGCUCCGCUGGACUCAAGCUGCCGGACCAGAACAUUUUCUGCGGCGUGACCAUGGUGCAGCACGACCCACAGCGCGGGAUCGUGUUCCUGCACCGCAACCAGGAGAAGCUGUCGAGCGAGAACCAAGCGAAGGUCUGGGCACACAUCCAGGACUUCCGCAUGGACGAGGUCUCGCUCGACGACUACGACGUCCGCGGCGCCAACGGCGGACGCUACUUCCCGCAGUUCAAGCGCUGCUACGGCAAGGAUAUUUAUUACGAGAACGCGUUCACGGUCAAGUCCAUCAAAGAGCUGCCGUUCGCCGGACUCGAGCAGCGGCUGCUGAGCUUCGUGCAGGAGGCGGCGCGUAUCGACGGCACACUCGAGGAACAGCGGAAUGGCAACGAAGGGGAGACUGUCGUCGACGUAGCCGACCCGGCGGAGCAGUAAGACACACACGACCUGCUGCUGAGGGCAGGUCUUCAUAUACUACAAGCUUGUAUAGUAAGCGAGGAAGCGAGUGCGCUUCACCGGCAGCCCGGAAGAGUGAGAGAGAUGAAAAAAUUAAUCGUAUGCGGCGAAAUGCCAGGUGACAACAUUUUAUCUCGCGUGCUGUAUCCUCCAAGUUGAAGUGAGUGUAGCCAUAUCUAUUGUACGCGCGCGUCGGUGCAUCCAGCAAGAGAGCGUCGAGACAUCGAUGCACUCCUUGUCAAUACCGCCCUAAAGCGUCCGUUUCCAAACACCGUCACCAAGCGCGAAACGGACAGGGACUGGCAUGGGAUGCGGAGACUUUGGCUCUCAAUGCGGAUGGCUCCAACGGCUUGAGAGUCUACAGGUCACCGGAUCCUUGUGAAACGACUGAAGCUUCAGCCAACUAGAGGACGCAGUCUAACAAUCUCGGUUCGACACAGAAGUCCCUGCCAACAUGCUCGGGCACGCUCGCGGUGAGGCCCGUGGCGUGCGACGGUCGCAGCCUCGGAUUGUCGGAUGGAUGACGGUACUGCUCCUGCUCACCUUGUCAGCUUCCUGCGGCUGGUACAGCCAGCAGGUCAUCACCUUUUCGUAUGAGAGUGAACACGAGAUCAACAGCGUGGUGCACGAGGUUAUCGUCCGUCGCCAGCAACUUCUGGCCAAGCUCACGGCUCAAGCUGGCGGCUCUGGGUCGUCUGCACCGUCGAAAAUGAUGCUGGAGCCGCUCGAUUCGUCGUCCGAUGCGUCUCAAGAUCAAGACAACGACUUCAUCAUCAACCCCAUGCAAGAAAUCCCCGAGGAUACACCAGAGCCGACUGAAAAGAGGACCGAAGCACCUACCAAGCCACCGACACCUGCUCCGACACCUGUUUCAACGCCGAAUCCAACACCCCUACCGAGUUCUGAGCUGCCUUCUCCGUCCAUUCAGGCACCAACGAAGGCGCGGGCACCGAAGGAGACGCCAAAGCCAACGCCGGACCUGAAUUUGGAGAAGCUCUGGGCUCCAGUCAAGACCCUCGCUGAACUGGACGAGUACGAGUGUGUGGCCUGGCGCCAGACGGCAAAUUGCUCUCCUCGUGGCGAUCUCAAGUCACAGAGAGAUGCCGGAUGCGACAAGGUGAUCCUGCCAUCGGACUCGGGCUUCUGUGAGUACCGUCACCGCAAGACCGGAGAGCUACGACGCAUCAUCGCCGCGAAGUGCAAGUCCCGUGCGAGUCAAAUGGAAUAUUCUUGCGCGAAUGCAACGAUGUUGGUGCGCUACAAUCUCAUGGCCGAUGACUACAAGCCGGAAUACCCUCUCUCGUUCGCGAACAACCAGCGCGACUUCCUACAGGAGAAUGGUCUCGCCAAAGACAAUUCGAGCAAAGCUGUGGUGGUGAGUGGACAGAAGAUGGAGCCGCCUUCGUCGUUCUCUCGGGGUAUCGCCUACGUGGUGUACGAGCAGUUGUUCCUCAGUGUGUACGCCGCUAUCCGGGCUCUGCGUUCAACGGGGUGCACGCUCCCUAUCGAGCUCUGGUACCGAGAAGAGGAGACGAACACCUCGCACCCUCUUCUUCAGGAACUUACGACGAAAUACGGCGCGUACCUGCGUAUCAUCAAGGACCCGAGAGCUGUGAAGUUCUACACCAAGCUGUACGCAGUCUUCUACAGCGCAUUCGACAACCUACUGCUGCUGGAUGCCGACAAUUUUGCAGCGCGUGAUCCAUCACAUUUAUUCACCACGGAGGUCUACAACGAGACUGGUGCAGUCUUCUGGCCGGACUACUGGAUGCCCAACCGCACCAUCUUCAAGACCAAGAAGAACAGCGACCUGUGGGAUCUCAUGGGUGUCCCCUUCGUCGACAUGUUCGAGCAGGAGAGCGGCCAGGUGCUGGUGAACCGAGCUAAGCAUACGAAGGCAUUGCACACGUUGCUGCACUAUGGACUCACUGAGCCGCACUUACCUGCGGAAUUCGACAUGCUUUGGGGCGAUAAGGAUUUGUUCCGCUUCGCUUGGAUGCGUACCAACUCCAGUUUCCACAUGAUCAAGCGACCCGCAGGUAGUGCCGGACUGAAGGCCCCACAUCUCAACAUUUUCUGCGGCAACACCAUGGCACAGCACGAUCCUAACGGGGAGAUUGCAUUCCUGCAUCGGAAUAUUGUCAAGUUUUUACCGGAAGGGAACAACACGCAGAAGCUCUGGCAGUAUGUGCAGCAGUACAACAUGAACCAAGACUUGCGCUUCUACGAAGUCCGUGGCGACGUGGAUCACCGAUGGUUCCCGAGCAUUCGAAAGUGUUACGGCAGACGCAUCAAUUAUCUCCGGGCGUACUCACUCAAACCUAUCACGGACUUCCCAUUUGCAGGACUCGAGGAUGAAGUCAUCGGUCACGUUCAAGAAGGUGUCGAGAUCGUCAAGAAGUCUGGGUAUGUGAGUACGCCCGAGCCUCCUGCUACACCAGCUCCGAAAAGGACCAAGAGACGCAGGAAGGUCAGGAAAGACAAGAAGAACAAGAAGAAUUAACUCGAAUCGAAUCCAUUUUUUGCUUAGUUGGGUUAGUUUGCAGGCAGGUAGUGCAGUCUAUCAGACAACAGCCUAAAGUGAAGCUGGAGCGGAGCAAAUACGGUUAGUUUAUUCUCUAUCAUGGAGACGGGUCUAGCUAGAGUUCCUCAGAGAGAUCGGUCAGGUGCAGCG